AUUGGCCGGCGUCAUGUCUGAGACCGCUCCAGCCCCAGCUGCUGAAGCAGCUCCGGCGGCCGUGCCCCCCCCGGCUCCGGCUGCUAAGGCUACCGCCAAGAAGCCGAAGAAGGCGGUGGGCAGUUCUAAAGCGCGUAAGCCCGCGGGCCCUAGCGUCACCGAGCUGAUCACUAAAGCUGUGGCUUCUUCUAAAGAGCGCAAGGGCCUCUCUCUCGCCGCUCUGAAAAAGGCGUUAGCUGCUGAUGGCUACGAUGUGGAGAAGAACAACAGCCGCAUUAAGCAAGGGCUUAAGAGCCUGGUCGGCAAAGGCACCCUGGUGCAGACCAAGGGCACCGGUGCUUCUGGCUCUUUUCGCCUUAGCAAAAAGCCUGGAGAGGUGAAGGAGAAACCGAAAAAGCGGGUAGCUGCAGCCAAGCCUAAGAAGCCAGCGGCUAGAAAGCCUGCCAGUGCUGCUAAGAAGCUGAAGAAGGCAGUGACAGCAAAGAAGAGCCCCAAAAAGGCUAAGAAGCCGGCAGCGGCGGCAACCAAGAAGGCAGCCAAGAGCCCCAAGAAGGUGACUAAAGCUGCAAAACCCAAAAAGGUGGCAGCAAAGAGUCCGGCCAAGGCGAAGGCAGUGAAAGCCAAAGCAACGAAGCCCAAGGUGGCUAAGCCCAAAGCGACCAAGGCAAAGAAGGCAGCAGCCAAGAAGAAGUAAGCUCCAGCAGAAAAAUUGUCUGCGUACCUCAACCCAACGGCUCUUUUAAGAGCCAC